ACACUCCAAGUCUAGUAUGUCCAUGCGAAGCAACUCAACAUCGUGUGCGAUGACGGGUGUCGGCUUCAGCAAUCGCGGAAGUAAUGUUCUGGAACAAGUCGUGCAUGGCAUGGGCAUCUAGACGUACUCGAGUGGAUGUGACCCAGCAGUGUCGUUUCACAGAAAGUCGAAUAUUGGCAAGUCGGCUGUGAAGUUCUUAGUGAACUGUGUUGAGAUUUUCUGCAAAGCUUCUCAAUGCACAAUAUUAUCAGGAUGACUCCUGCUGCGUAACAACAAGGAAUAGAGAGAAGAAGACUCCUAGAUGUGACAGGAACGAUGUCCAGCACGACAUCGAGUUUGGAUUCGUCCAAUGAGGAAUGUCGCAGCCCAUUUUCUGGCGUUGCACGUCCGUCGAUGGUAGGUGAUGCAGCUACUGGCACUGUUCAGCAAACCGGUUCAUCUGAUGAUAACUUGUUCGAAGCGUGUAAGAAUGGCGAUCUGAAGCGCGUGAAGGAGCUAGUUUCCAGUAGCAAUGUCAAUCUACAGGACACCACGGGACGGCGGUCUACGCCUCUCCACUUCGCAGCAGGAUAUGGACGGAAAGAGAUUGUUGGCCACCUGCUGGACUGUGGUGCAGAUGUUAUGGCCAGGGACGAUGGGGGACUAAUUCCGUUACACAAUGCUUCGUCAUUCGGCCAUGCUGAUGUCGUAACAAUGCUGGUGGAAGCUAAGGCCAAUCCCAAUGCACGGGACAACUGGAACUUCACCCCGCUCCACGAGGCAGCGUCCAAGGGGAAGGUGGAAGUUUGUAUUGUACUGCUGCAGAACGGUGCUGACGCCACUAUUUGCAAUUCGGAUGGUAAAACGCCACUGGACCUGGCUGAUGUGCAAGCCAGGCUGAUUCUAACAGGUGAAUUUAAGAAAGACGAGUUCUUAGAAGCGGCACGCAGUGGUCGCGAAGACAUUCUCAUGUCCUUUGUCACUCCGAUCAUUGUCAACUGCCAUGCAAGUGACGGUCGGAAGUCAACGGCGCUGCACCUUGCCGCUGGUUACAAUCGUGUGCACUGUGUCCAGCUGCUGCUGCAGCACGGUGCUGAUGUUCAUGCCAAGGACAAAGGUGGCCUGGUUCCACUGCACAAUGCCUGUUCUUAUGGCCACUAUGAAGUCACUGAGCUGCUGCUGAAGCAUGGAGCCAGUGUUAAUGCCAUGGACCUGUGGCAGUUCACGCCGCUUCACGAAGCAGCAUCUAAGGGAAGGCAAGAGGUGUGUUCAUUAUUGUUGGCUCACGGAGCUGAUCCCACACUGGCAAACUGUCAUUCCAAGUCGCCUCUUCAUGUUGCGCUCACUUCCGACUUACAAGUUCAAAUGCACACUGAGUUCCGUGGCCACCAGUUCCUGGAGGCAUGUCGGCAAGGUGAUAUGUCGCGUGUCAAGAAGCUGCUGAAUUUGGAAACGAUGGCCUUUUCCGAUCCACUGACGUUGAACACCGGAGUGCACUGUGUGGCUGCUAGUUCUGUGGCUCGUCGGAAAGCAUUGCUGGAGCUGCUCUUGAAGAAAGGCGCCGAUGUCAAUGCCGCCAAUCGAGAAAUGAGCACACCGCUGCAUUUAUCUUGUCAUCGAGGCUAUGUGGAUGCCAUGGAAGUCUUGAUCAAGUACAAUUGCAAGAUCAACAUGCCAGACAAUCUAGGUCUGACCCCACUGCACCGCGCGGCCCAGGCCAAUGAACUACAGGCAUGUCGCUUACUCAUCAGCCAUGACGCCGAUGUGUCACUAACCAACAACGACGGGCAGACUGCUUCUCAGAUGGCCACCGAGGAGUUUGUCAAGAAGCUGCUUGAAGACGAUCAACCUACCAUCGGAUCAGAACAAGACAAUCAGUUGCUUGAGGCGGCCAAGAAUGGUGAUAUGGAAACGAUCAAGUCCUUGCUGACGUCAUCUAACGUCAACUGCAGAGAUAUCGACGGCAGGAUGUCGACGCCGCUGCAUUUCGCAUCUGGCUACAAUCGCAUCCCGGUGGUCGAGCACCUGUUGCAAAAUGGUGCCAACGUGCAUGCUAAGGACAAAGGUGGUCUUGUUCCCCUACACAAUGCAUGCUCCUAUGGGCACUACGAAGUGGCAGAGUUACUUGUCAAGCAUGGUGCCAACGUGAACAUGCCUGACCUGUGGAAGUUCACACCGCUGCACGAAGCUGCCGCCAAGGGAAAGUUUGACAUCUGUCGGCUGCUCAUUCAGAACGGUGCUGAUGCAGGUAAGAAGAAUCGCGACAACCAAACACCGCUGGACCUUGUCAAGGAGACUGACGUGGAUAUCAAGGACUUGUUGCGUGGAGAUGGUGCUAUCCUUGAGCUGUCAAGAAAGGGAGAAGUGGGACGACUGGCCUGCGUCUUGACCAAGGACAACGUCAACUGCCGUGACUCAUCCGGUCGCAACUCCACACCGCUGCAUCUCGCCGCUGGUUACAAUCAAAUUGAGGUUGCUGAUCUGCUGCUGACCAAUGGGGCAGAUGCCAAUGCCAAGGACAAGGGUGGCUUGAUUCCUCUUCACAAUGCCUCCUCGUAUGGUCAUGCUGAGAUUGCCGCUCUUCUCAUCAAUCACGGUUCCAUUGUGAAUGCUGUGGACCGAUGGGGAUUCACGCCACUUCAUGAGGCUGCGCAGAAGGGACGCACGCAGCUCUGCGCAUUGCUGAUCUUGCACGGUGCUGAUGUACAUCUGCGCAACCAGGAGGGCCAGUCACCGUUCGAUGUGUCCACGCAAGAUGACGUUCGGGUGUUGAUAUCCGCUGCCAUGCAACAGUUGAAUGUGCACACACCUGUGGAUGCUUCCAGUACCGGCGCUGUUGAUGGCGGAGCUGCCACACAACCUGCCACUAGCGUAGCCACUAGCGGUGUCCCUACCACCGGCGGUCCCAGUGCUGGCACGUGUAGCAUGCAGUUGCAGACGCAGAUAGGUCGCGACAUUGGCAUGUCACCGUUCGUCACCGCACUGCUCGGCUCGCCGGGGCCAGCUGCUGCCGCUCUGGGGCGUUCGCCAGCUGGUGCUGCGGCUGCUACUGCCAGUACGGCUGCCAGCUCUGUGGUGACGGCGGCAAUACCAACCUCUGUCAUAUCCACAACAGCCGUUUCUGCACCAUUGGUGCAGACAACAGCAUCAACAGGCGUGUCUGCAGCUGCGACGGCAUCAGGGAACACGCUGGGUGCCGCUACAGCUAUGGACCUUUCCAGAUCCUCAUCUGUUGACCAAAUCAAGCGUGAAGAGCUGGAAGGACAGGAAUAUGCAGACGGAGUACCUGGUAGAGUAGCUGGUCCUACCCGAAGUGACCACUCUGAAGGUGACAUCAGUACUGCAGCCGGUGAUGCUGCCGGUACAAAUGGUGAUGUCGCUAAAUUCCUGUCUGACCUGCAUCUAAGUCACUUGUUGCCCAUCCUCCAGCGGGAAGCGAUCACUAUGGACGUGCUGGUAGACAUGGGCCAUGAGGAGCUGAAAGAGAUUGGUAUUGCUGCCUAUGGCAAUCGACACAAGAUUGUGCGAGCCAUGAAGGACUAUGCCAGUGGUGCAACUGGUACAGCGGCCGCAUGUUCAAGUCCUGUAAAUGCGGCUGCCACCGAUUCUCGUGCUGCUUCAGCCGCACCCUCAUCCCAGGGUCAAGCAACUGCUGAUGCGUCUACCACCGCCAGCAUUGGUGUGCGAAGUGCCCAGGCUGGUGUUGGCAGCAAUGUGGCUGGUAUGCAGCCCAGUGUGGGGGUGGGUAGUGCGGCGUCCGCAUCCGCAGCACACACAUCCGGCACACAGCUCAUGGACCUGAGUCGCCAGGACAAGGACUACGUGUCAGUUGUGGAAGAGAUGCAGACUACGAUACGUGAGCACCGCGACCAGGCCGUCGGAGGACUCUUUUCAUCCUACGACAUUGUCAAGGUACAGCGAGUGUAUAACAAACGUCUUUGGGAGCGCUACAUCUACCGUCGGCAGGAGGUUGCCGAUGAGAACCAUGGCCAUUACAACGAGCGAAUGCUGUUCCAUGGUUCACCUUUCAUUGGCAACAUCCUUCAGAAUGGCUUUGACGAGCGCCAUGCGUACAUUGGAGGCAUGUUCGGUGCAGGCAUAUACUUUGCACAGAAUUCCUCCAAAAGUAAUCAGUACGUUUAUGGCAUCGGCGGUGGAUCAGGGUGCACGAAACACAAAGAUCGCUCCUGCUAUGUUUGCUCUCGACAAAUGGUGUUGUGCCGUGUGACUCUGGGCAAUGCGUACUUGCAACGUUCGGCUAUCAAAAUGGCCCACGCACCACCCGGACACCACUCCGUCAUAGGACAGCCUAGCUCCGGUGGCCUGGCUUUCGCCGAGUAUGUCAUCUACCGUGGUGAACAGGCCUAUCCGGAGUACUUGAUCACGUACAAAAUUGCAAACCCGGCAUCGGCGAACGCAUCGCCGCAGCAUCACUCGGCAUGAUCACCGUGCCUCGGCCAAACUUGCCCACAGUGAUCAUCAGGCAUGGAGAGUGUCUCGUCCAAACUUGCCGUCAACAGUCAGGCGUGGAAUGUGUCUCGUCCAAACUUGCUGUCAACGGUCAGGCAUGGAAUGUGUCUCGUCCCAACUUGCCGACAAUGAUCUUCAGGCAUGGAGAGGCUCUAGCAAAGUGACCACCUUGCCAACCGCACACGUGCAUGAAUUCAGACCAGGGCUGCCGAGCCACCGGGCGUCAUCACUACGCUAUGCUACGCUGGAUGUGAUGACUACUAGUAUUUGGAAGCCGGAUUUGGCCUUGACUAGACUCACACAGGUUUGUGUUCCAUUGCUGUAUGUGGCACACCAUUACAUGGAGACAAUUUUAUGAACAUAACCCUUGUCUUUCCAACUUUCCCUUUGUGGUUUCCAUGACCUUUAUUAUUUGUUUGAAGUUGAGACCUUGGCACUGCCUGAUUUUUUUUACAAAAUAUUGACUUUAUUAUUCACAUGAUGAUACUACAGCUCACUUGUAUGCAUGCUACAAACUGGGUAUACUUACUUCACACAUGAACACACACAACAUACAUGCAUGUACACCUCCAUGCCAACAGGCGCUGCUCACCUACGUGCAUGGCAUGGGAAUAUUGGGCACGGCAUAAAAACAUAUUUUUAUUAGUCUUUGUAGUCCAGUACAGUGCUAGUGCUAGUGACAGUAGCGUAGAUCCUGUGCUAGCUGUGUAGUUAGCUAAUUUUAUGUGUUUUUUUUUUAUCCACGCAAUCACAACCACAAGCUCAUGCGGCGCUAGCGCCUCGACCAGAUUUUAUUUUUAUUUACAAAAAAGCAUCUUUUAUUGUCACGAUGUUUGCUCUCUCUCUCUCUCUCUCUCUCUCUCUCUCUCUCUCUCUCUCUCUCUCUCUCUCUCUCUCUCUCUCUCUCCCUCUCCCUCUCUCUCUCUCUCUCUCUCUCUCUCUCUCUCUCUCUCUCUCUCUCUCUCUCUCUCUCUCGCUCGCGCGCGCGCGCGCGCGCGCGCAAACGUACAUUCAGCAGACCUUUCUGACCCAAUGAAAUCUUAUUUUGAUCAGUGCCUCCAUCUUCUUCCCCAACUUCUUCUUCAUCAUGUCUGCUGCAUAUGAAGCACCAAGCUGGACUGCUGUAUCCUCAUGAAACACAUCAGUUAUUCUUAUUACCAUCUUUCUUUCCUUCAAAAUAGUGCUUUCCAGCUAUAGGGUUAACCAAUUCUUAUUUUUUUUGUACCUCGUCGAACUGCACUCCGCGAUCCGGCUCCUUA